UAGAAAAUGGCGGCGAUUCCUGCGCGGUACAUGUUGAAACCGCAACAUUUAGAGAAUUGGUCUGUGAAAGAGAAAUUGGCUCUUGCUUCUGCAGUUCUCAGGAGCUCUGAACAAAAUUGGGUCUCAGUAAGCCGGGGUAUUAAAGCUCUACUAGGAGACACAGAUAGACCAGCUGAUUGGUUCUCACAAAAGAACUGUGCUCUGCAGUAUGCUGAUCUGCUGGAGAAGGUAGAAACUCCAAAACGUAAACGUGGAGAGAAGAACGAGCAUCAGAUAGAGACACCUAGCAACCAGAUCGUGCGCAAGUUGACGAUUGAGAGAAUAGAAGAAUUAAAGAGACAUGUUCAACAUCAGCAACAACAAUACCAGAGACAGAGACGAGAAUUAGAAGAAAUAAGGACUGGACACCAGGAUGGCCAACUACAAGAUAUGUGGGACAAACUGCAGAGUGCCAGUGAACCUGUGGCAGUUGCAUCUACAACCACCAUGGAACAGCCUGACCUCAAGCCCCUUGUCAUGCCCUCAGGUGCCACAAAGGUGCUUCCUAAGGUUGGGACCCCAAGCAAGAACCGUAAGGGUCUCCGUUUGUUAACUGACCUUCCCACUCCUACAAUAGCAGACCCUGCAGAUAUCUAUGACUUCCAUGAAGAUAUUGAGGUUGUUGAUGAUGAUGUGAAACCCAGAAUUGUGUCAGAUACCCCUAAGAGCUCCAGCUCCACUCCCCAACAUCCACAUUUGCUCUCCAAGCUUCUUAUUGCUAACAAAACUGAAGAUAUUCCACCAAAGCAACAGGAGGAUGCUGUUGCUAAGCAACCAGGAGGAAAUGCCACUCCAGGAGGACAAACCCCAACAUCUGCCCACAUUCCCAGUUCUCCAUCAUUGGGUGCGCCAACUCUUUCUAAAUUACUUGGCACUCCAACAGCUCUGACACCCAAUCACAAGCCUAUUGCUAUAGCAACGACAGUUACUAUGACUCCACCUAUUGCUGCCCCGAUUACAAAAUCAGAUGACAAGCCUACUUUCCCAGAGGUGAAACAGGAAAUUGAAGAUGUUCAGCCCCAACCAGACAAUGUAAUUUCCCAAGAUGCAACAGUGAAAUUGGAAGAUGACAUAAAGGAGGAGCCACAGUCACCAGCUUUCAGUAUAGAAUCUUCAGAAUCAACUCCAGGCACAGGGAGACGUGUAAGACAUGGUCGUUCUCAGACUGGAGGGUCAAGCAGUAGUAGACGAAGCACACGAGCCACUCGCAAAUCUGCCCCAGAUGUCCCAGAUGGAGACACAGCCAGUCAUCAGAGUGACUUAGAUACAUCAGAUGAUGAUACAGUACCAGAAAGUUCUGAUGGAGACACAUCAUAUGCCACCACUCCUAGACCUAUGUCCUUUAUAUCGGAAUCUGUUCCAAAUAGCCCCGCCUCCUUAUCACAAUGCAGUGAUACUGAAGAUGAAAAGUCUCACAAAAUGUGGAAGAAGGCAAUCAUGAUUGUCUGGCGAGCCGCAGCCAAUCACAAAUUUGCCAAUGUGUUCAUGCAUAAAGUAACUGAAGAUAUAGCACCUGGAUACAACAACAUAGUGCACAGACCAAUGGAUCUCACAACAAUAAAGAAAAAUAUUGAAAAUGGCGUGAUAAGAACAACAUCCGAGUUUCAGCGAGACAUGAUGUUGAUGUUCACGAAUGCAAUCAUGUACAACAACUGCGAUCAGUCAAUCUACAACAUGUCAAAGACGAUGUAUGAUGAUGUCAUGCAGCAAAUUGAGCUCUAUGUUGCCACUCAAGUUCAGAUGCAAAGUGUGUUGAUAGCAGAUACCAAUAAACCAAUCAGAACAUUGAGACGCUCAGACGCUACCAGUGAUAAGGAGGAUGACUCUAAAAGGCGGAGGGUAUCUUCCGAACAUCAAGUCGAAUCUGGUGGAAAAACAAAGCGAAGAAAAACUCGUGGGACAGAUGAUUGAGCAGAUCUACUAACAUCCAAACUUGGGAAUCUGCAACAACUGAGGAGACAAUUUAUAUUGGUCCAUUUGGAGCUUGUUAUGCUUUGCUGAACCUAUGGCUACUAUCUAAGGCAGUGACCUGGUCUCAUAAGCCUGGCAGUAAAUCAAGAACUCAAUGAGACAUUUACAUGUAUUCUGAACUUUUGUUGAUGAAAAGAGAGGUUUAUAGGGACACAAACCUGAGAUGAAAAAA